AUGUCAACCAGAUAUCUCCAACCUGUCUAUUCUCUAGCCCCAACUUACAUCCCUGAAUCUACCCGCCGCGCUACUCCACUCUACUCAUUCACGACCUACCAAACAGACAAAACCACAGCCGCAACUACGCAAACUCAUACCACCACCCAACCUACGAAACCACCCACUCUCCCCCAGAUAGACGGUGGAUUCGAACACCAUCAUGUCCACCAUUCCACCCACGAUCCAAACUUUGCUCAAUUCAGUACCCUCUCGUAUCCUCGUCACCAACACAGUAUCCAACCAACUCUUCGCGCUCGUAACAUUCCAAUCAUGCUGUCUCUACCAGUCCCACCACCACCACCACCGCCGCCUCUACACCAACAGUCCCGUCCCACAGGCAACACGGUCCACGAUCUCCUUCCUUACUGCACUACCGAGCCACCCUUGAACGAAGCCCAAGUCAUUGCUUUGAGCGAUGUGGUGGGGAGUCUGAGGGAGCUUGUGCCGUUGGCGCUUGCGGCUGCGGCUGGGGAUAAGAGAAGUUUGAGGAAGCUGGAGAGUGCGGUUGGGAAGCGGGAUGCGGUGGGUGUUGUGGAGUUUUUUGUGGAUGAGUGGGAGAUUGAGGGGUGA